AAGAAGAAGAAGCUCGUCAGCCACCUUCUUAGCUUGCUAGCCAUUAUAGCCGGAACAUUGCAGCUCUUUAGACGGUUUCGGUGAAUGGGAAGUUGCUGUGUUUAAAGCACACGUCUGACGUAUCUACUAGUUACCGCAUUUAAUUUCAUAUUUACGUUGUUAGUCAUCUCGCUAGCUGGUUAAGUUAGCACUAGGCUAGUUGUUUAUGCUAACUAACUAACUAGCUAGCUAACAUCCCCGACCAUGAGCUCACUAAACCACUCCCCCACUGCCAAAGGACAGGAGGUCUGCUGGACGGAGAAAGAGGGUCUGUGGCUUAAUAUUGUCGUGAAAGAAGAGGAGGAAGAGGAGGACGUCACAAUGAAAGGAGAUACAGGAGCGCUCAGAGAGGAAGAGGAGAACGUCACAGUGAAAGGAGAUACAGGAGCGCACAGAGAGGAAGAGGAGGAAGAGACGGAUGUCGUUUUUGGAGUGAAGGAGCAGGGGGAGGUUACUGUCACAUUGGAAAAUGAGGAGGGAAAAACUGGAGAUCUGAUGAACACCGGAGAGAGGCCAGACUUUCCCUCUGACAGCGGGAAGAGUCCCUCAGGGGAACCAGACCCAGAGACACCCAAACCAGUGAGACCACACCACUGCUCCCACUGUGGAAAGACUUUUACCUGGUUAUCAAAGCUGAAAGAGCACGAGAGAACACACACUGGAGAAAAGCCUUACCAAUGUGCCAUUUGUGGCAAGACUUUUACCCAGUUAGGGGGCUUUCAAUAUCAUGAGCGGACACACAGAGAAAAAAAUACCUACCACUGCUCUCAGAAUGGAACGACAUUUACCCAGGUAGGGAACCUGAAAAAGGACAGAAUUCUCACACAGGGAGAGAAGACAAACCACUGCUCCCAGUGCGGAAAGAGUUUUAAAUGGUUAUCCAAGCUGAAAGAGCACGAGAGGACCCACACAGGAGAAAAGCCUUUCCAAUGCUCCCAUUGCGAAAAGAAAUUUAACCAGUCAUCGCAUCUGAAAGAGCACGAGAGGACCCACACAGGAGAGAAGUCUUUCCACUGCUCCCAGUGUGGAAAGGGUUUUACCUGGUUAUGGAACCUGAAAACACACGAGAGGACACACACGGGAGAAAAGCCGUACCAAUGCUCCCUGUGUGGAAAGACGUUUACCCAGUUAGGGGGCUUUAAAUAUCACGAGAGAACACACGCAGAAAAAAAGAGCUACCACUGCUCUCAGUGUGAAAAGACAUUUACCCGGUUAGGGAACCUAAAAAAGCACGAGACAAUACACACACAGGAGGAAAAGGCUCCCAGUGCGGAGAGACUUUUAGUCAGUCAGGGAACCUGAAAGAGCAUGCAAUAACACAUAAAGGAUAGAAACCAGGGGCGAAUUCGCCACCUGGUAAUUCUGGCAAAUGCCAGAUGGGCUGGCCAAUUUUUUAGUUGGUUGGUUAAAAUUGACACACAUGUAUUUAAAAAAAUAUAUAUAUUAAAUACAAAAAUGAAAAAGGUGACAUGGCCUGCAGCCUAUGGACCUGUUCAUAUAUAUUUUUGUGCAAUUUCUCAGUUACACUAAUGAGCCUUUGGCUGGUCAGUGCAGUAGAACGUUCACUGGGCAACGGCCGACCCCCCUACCAAGUUGGGCUGGCCAAUUUUCCCAUUCAAAGUCAAACGCGGCAUCAGCAUAGAGACGGGCUCCGACUGUCAUCAGUAAGACAGCCAAUAUAGACUGUCAUCAGUAAGACAGCCAGUAUAGACUGUCAUCAGUUAGACAGCCAAUAUAGAUUACAGUAGCAGAAGGCUACAACCUUCUCUGACUGUUGUAACUAAGGAUAUUGCAGUAGCAGAAGGCUACAACCUUCUCUGACUGUUGUAACUAAGGAUAUUGCAGUAGCAGAAGGCUACAACCUUCUCUGGCUGUUGUAACUAAGGAUAUUGCAGUAGCAGAAGGCUACAACCUUCUCUGACUGUUGUAACUAAGGAUAUUGCAGUAGCAGAAGGCUACAACCUUCUCUGACUGUUGUAACUAAGGAUAUUGCAGUAGCAGAAGGCUACAACCUUCUCUGGCUGUUGUAACUAAGGAUAUUACAGUAGCAGAAGGCUACAACCUUCUCUGGCUGUUGUAACUAAGGAUAUUACAGUAGCAGAAGGCUACAACCUUCUCUGGCUGUUGUAACUAAUGAUAUUACAGUAGCA